AUGGCUUCAGACCCCGCGUCGGCGAGUUUCGAGGCUCGUGAGCUCAGCUUGAUAUCCAAGGUCGAGCUCAGAAUCGCCCUGGCAGAGACAGAUACAAAGCUCCAAUCUCUUCUUCAAACAUAUUUGGCUCCAUUGCUCCUCAAACUCGGUUCAGAGAGCCUGGCAGUCCGCAACAAAGUGAUUACGGUGUGCACGCAUAUCAACACCCGAGUUCAGACUCCGUCCAUUCAACUGCCCGUGACAGCGCUGUUGAAACAGUUCAAAGAGCAGAAAUCUCAGCUUAUCAGACACUUUGACUUAAUUUUCCUGCAGCAAGGACUCGAUCGCUUGGGCGCCGAUGCGCGGAUUGAGAUCUUGCUUCCGUUGCUCCAAGGGAUCUCCGAAAUUGGGACGUCAGUUAACCAAGGUGCUACCGUGUUCAAUCUUGUUCUACGACUCUUGCCUCUUUUGAAGGUCCCCCCGAAGGGUAGUGAGGAAGAUGUGCAGCUGAAAAAUCGGCUGGGCCUGUCUGACCAGGACACCAAGUUUUUGUCUUUCUGGUUGGAAAAGCUUCUUUUGCUUUCUCCGGCAGAUGAGAACUCCACAACAUGCCCUGGUCUUUCCCCUAAGGAAUACACCUUCCUGAACAAGGACGCUCCUAUCAAAGAAACGUGGAAUCCGUCUGCAAGCGGCGGUCUGAACCUCACGGAGACCAAAGCCAAUGCCUUGAAGUUUCUUGCCAGCGGAGCUUUUACGGAUUCAGAGCGGUUUUUGCCUGCGCUGGUCGCAACUGCAGAUGCAAACUCACGCCUAGCAGACCUUGGCGAGGAGAUCCUGAAGCGAUUCAUUCCGAGCCUCGAGGACCCCGAUGUUGUGCAGCAACUGUACAAUCUGUAUUUUGGGACUGAAGAGGCCGAUGGAACGCCUUCUGUGCGGCCUUCCCUGCAGAUCAAGCUGCUAGUAUAUCUCGGAAAGUCGAUCAAAGCUACGAAGCAUACCGAAAAAGUAAUUCGCUUAAUAGAAGAGGGCCUUCUAUCCGAUGCUGCAAGGUCGUCACGGGGACUACAAGCGUCCAAGUUGAGAACUCAGAUAUUCACAUUUACGACAUGGGUUGUCCGCAUGGGAUCGCCGUCCAAACUGAAAGGGAUGGCACCGAAAGUUGUUCAAGGCUUGAGAGAUUUCAUCCAAUCGCAAGGCUGGCCUAGUCCCGGGGCUAGUGGGCAGAGAUUACCCGCAACGGAUAUAAGCCUUCGGGGCCUUGCCUACGAAAGUAUUGGUAUCAUGGUUCCCAAGGUUGACUUCCAAGCGCAAAAUGACGACGAGGAGUUUUCUGGUUUUGGUCUGAUCAAGUGGUUGUUCACCUCACUAAGCUGCGAUGAUUCGAGCCCUGAAAUUUUUGUUAGCAUCGAGCAGGCUUUGGGUAGCAUUCUUAACUCGUCGCUAGACAGUUGGGACAAGAAAUAUCAAGAGCAACUACGACCCUUCCUGGUUGAUCAGAUGAGAAACGAACCAGGAGAGGAUGACCUCCUAACCGGAUUCAGUAUCGUUCGCGGACCACAAUAUGCUGCAGUACGUUUUGCCAACCGCUUUCUGCCCUAUCACGACGUCGUGGCUCGCUGGAUCGAUAUUAUUGCCAUUGCACGGGGUUCGGAAAGACGACACGAGGUUGUGGAAGAAGGCAAAAAGGGCCUCCAUCCUUACUGGUAUCGCCUCUUCAAUCCCGGAAACAAAAGCAAAGGCCCCGAUGGCUCGUCCCAAGAGCAAUCGUACGGCCCAUGGUACGACUUCCCCAGUUUCUCGUCUGCAACACGCUUUUUGUUCCGCCCCUUGGAUCAUCCUGGGAAUACAAAUAUAGGAACUCUGCCUGCGUCGGAUAUCCUGCCGGGGGGCUACAGAAAAGCAUUUGCGCCUACUAUCACGUUCCUUCGCAACAUCCUUCUCUGGGAGUCAUUCUCGAAGUUUGGAAUCGUAACCGAUAUAGAGCAAGAUUGGGACACUAAACUGGACGUACUACUUACGUCUGACGAACGAGCUCGUGAAGCAUUGAGACAGUAUAUCGCAAGUUCUGAUAAAGAAUCAGUGCUCCUGUUCCUUCAAAAUGCUUUGAACGGGCUUCUUAACGAGGAUCGGGAAGGGCUAGGGUUAUGUGGUGAGCAUUUUGUGGAAAUUUGCUCUGCGGCAUCAAAUGAUAUAGUCGGUGCCAUCGUUCCACGGGUUUUGUCCUUAAAAGCGCCUAUAUUUAGCAACGACCAAGACAAACAGAACACAGCCGCACGUGCUAUUGGUAUUCUUGCAUCUCACCCAGCGUUUACUGAAGACGAUUUGACUGGAUUCGUUACGGAGCUGUCGAGCGCUUUCACGACAUGGAAGUCAGCGAUUGGGGAGCUCGUACUUGUCGUCCGGGGAUCAAUUCUGGCACUGUCAUAUCUGCUUAGCAGACUCGCGUUCCGUGGUAAGCUCGACAAGAUUCCACAGGCACAAGUCAAGUCAUUUAUCCAAACCAUAUUCGAGAUUAUCGAGUCCGCGAACGAUACUCUUCUGCGACGGGCUGCUCAGAUAGCCAUCGGGCAACUCAGUCUUUCCGGAAUCCUGUCACCGACUUUGCUUUCUGGUGAUGGCUGGAAGAAGAUGAAAGAAAGUCUGACACGGGACGCAAAAGCCGAGACCGAGGUCCCCAUACUGGCAAUGGGUCGUCUAUCGUUGGCCUUUUCUAACGAAUACAUCGUUGAUCCGCAGUUUAGUUGGCUAUUGGAUGCUCUCUAUGGCUUGCAUGAGAUUCGCAGUCCGGAGAUUCACUUUUCUGUUGGUGAAGCAUUGAGUGAUGCUGCCAUUGGAUGGAAAUCCAAAGCACUGAUCCGAGAAUUUGAUGUCGAUGAACAGUACCCCCAAUCAUUGAUCCCUAAUACCGUGCUUGCAGACAUGUGCGAUAAGAUCAUUGCCGACUGUGGUGCUUCAAAGCCAGCCCUCCGUAAAGCGUCUGCCAUAUGGCUGUUGUGUCUGGUUAAAAACUGCGGUCAUAUGCAAGAGAUGCAGGACCGAUUGCGCGAAUGCCAAGCUAGCUUCUCAAGCCUUCUCGGAGACCGUGACGAAAUAGUGCAGGAAUCGGGUGCUCAAGGGCUGGGGUUGGUUUACGAAAUGGGCGACCAGGAACUCAAGGAUGAUCUGGUGCGAGACUUGGUCAAUUCCUUCACGGCCAACAAUUCCAAUCUUAAAGGGGGCAAAGUUCACGAAAAUACGCAGCUUUUCGAGCCUGGGGCUCUACCCACUGGACAAGGACAAUCAGUCAAUACAUACAAGGAUAUCAUGAAUCUCGCAUCCGAGGCAGGCGAUCCGACGCUUGUAUACCGAUUCAUGUCUUUGGCUUCGAACAACGCGAUCUGGACCAAUAGGGCAGCUUUCAGCAAGCUGGGUAUUAGCAACAUUUUCACGGAUUCGAGCGUCAAUGGCUACCUGGCAAAGAACCCCAAGAUCUAUCCGAAGCUGUUCCGUUACCGAUUUGAUCCCAACCCCAACGUGCAGCGGUCAAUGAACACGAUUUGGCAUACGCUCGUCAAGGAGCCUUCAACUGUUAUCAACACUCAUUUCGAUGGGAUUAUGGAUGAUCUUUUGAAGAGUAUGAUGACUGGUCGGGAAUGGCGUGUUCGGCAAGCAAGCUGUACUGCUAUUUCAGAUAUGAUCCAAGGGCGUCAACCGGAACAAUACUCGAAGUAUAUGGAUGACAUUUUCGCCAAGGCGUUCAAGCUUUUGGAUGAUAUCAAGGAGUCGGUUCGAGCAUCUGCUCUCAAACUUUGUCAGACCAUCACCAAUGCAGUUAUCCGCACCUUGGAGACGAGCGACGCUGACACAAAACGCGCGAAUGCAAUGCUGGGAAAGGCGAUCCCGUUCUUGCUUAGCGACAAGGGAAUGGAGUCCGGUGUUCAAGAAGUCCAAGGGUUUGCCAUUGGGUCCCUUAUACAGAUAAUCAAGAAAAGCCCUGCAAAGUCGCUGCGGCCCUUUGUUCCUCCCAUUCUAGAACAAUUUUUGAAUUCGCUCAGUUCUCUCGAGCCACAAGCGGUCAAUUACGUUCAUCUGAAUGCGGAUAAAUACGGACUGACGAGCGAGGAAAUUGACAAGAUGCGACUAUCCAGUAUCCGUACGUCUCCUAUGAUGGAAGUGAUUGAGCGAUACCUGAUAGAUACGCUCGACGAGACCUCGGUGAAGGAUUUUGCAGCCAAACUUGAAGGAGUACUUCGCGCAGCCGUUGGACUUCCAACCAAGGUGGGCUGUAGCCGAGUACUGGUCCUGUUGAGUAUGAAGACUAUACUCUUCCGUCCUUACGCGGAUCGAUUCAUUCAGCUGUUGUCGAAGUACGUUGUUGAUCGAAAUGAUACUGUCAGCGCGUCGUACUGCUCGUCGAUAGGUUACCUCAUGCGGCUGGCAUCAGACGACCGGGUCCUGAAGACAAUUGAGUAUGCUAAGACCCUCUACUUGACGGCUGAGGAUGCGACUCAACGAGUGAUCUCGGGAGAGAUCCUGCAUUCUACAUCGAAACUCUCCAAUGAUCGUUUCAUGGCAUUCGCUGCCUCCGCUUUACCUUUCGUCUUUGUUUUCAAGCAUGAUACGGAUGAGCAUGUUCGCGAGGUUUUCGAAAAGACGUGGCAGGACAACGUCGGAGGUACCCGAACUGUAUCUCUCUAUGUCAACGAAAUCACCACGCUCGUCUCGGACAACUUGGAGUCGCCGCGAUGGGCCAUCAAACACACGGCAGCCCUUGGUAUUGCUAGCGCCAUCACUUCUCUUGACCCCGAGCUUGAUUUGGUCACAAGCGAUCGUCUAUGGCCGGUCCUGGAAAAGGCGCUGGCGGGGAAGACCUGGGAGGGCAAAGAGGCCGUGCUCAAAGCAUUUGUCAAGUUCGCGGGUCAGGCAAAGAAAUUGUGGCAGGAGAAGAAACAAUUCAGUGAUUCGAUGAAGGCGAUCGCUAUCCGAGAAGCAAAGCGAAACAACGCUGCAUAUCGCCCGCAUGGCUUGAGUGCAUUAGGUGGAGUUGCACAGGCACGCAGUGAUCUUAAUUUGAUGCCUGACGCUCUCGCGAUCGCGUCAAAGGUGCUGGAAGAUGUCCUUGAUGACGACGAGGACCGGAUGGAUAUUGACUCCGGUCGUGGUCAGAAGUCGAGCAUUGAAAAUACAUUGGCAGCCUGUAUCAAAUGCGUUCUCCGGUGCGUCAACUCUGCAGCAUAUGCGUCUGGAGCCAUUCAGACAUAUUUGACCGAUUUGAUUCCCGUUGUUGACAAGGCGCUGAGAAACGGCGGUAGAACUGUUCAAGUACCAUUAUACGAGGAGUUGAGUCAGCUACUGACCAGACUGGAGGAAUGGACAUCUCCAACCGACGGUCGAGGUGUUGAUGUCCAUAGCAUACAAGGACCCUUGUCGAUGCUCGCAGGAGAAUUACUAACUCGCGAGAUUGAUGUGUCUGUGGAGACCAUCCGGACAGAACGCGCGCAGGCGGCCAUCGCAUACAUUGUCCUCAGCCAGCAGAGAGGGUUUGAGAUCAAUGAAGCGUUAUGCCAGUCAAUUCAGAGUUGGAGAGCAAGGGAGCGAUCGGGACCGGUGCAACAGAUCCUGGAUCAGGCGCUGGCAAAAUUGAUAAGGUGA